AUGCUCCCAAGGCAAGGUCCUGCAAAUGGCAUCGUGGUUAUGGGAUACGAGCUCAUCGGCACGCAAGAUAAUAAGCCAGUCUGGUCGAUCAAGACUUUCCCUCAAUCCGACGGCUACCUCUUUACAACAGGCAGCCUGUAUCAAUCGUGCAAAGCGUCAUCCGCUUUCGAAGUUGAUGGAAUUACCACGACUUCUCCUUUACCGAAGACAGGUUGUGAGGCAUGGACAAGCUGCUCACAUACAACGGUGUACGGGUCUGGAGGUGUAACUAGUACCUGCGACGGAGACUAUGGGCUUUGCUACUCGGACAUUAUGUUCACCACCUUUGGCGCUUCCGACGCGUACACGCGUAUUUACUGCGAUUGGACAGGCAGCCAUCCGUUGAUGUCGACGACACUCUACCAAGCGCUUCCGGCCAAUGUGGACUCAACGUCAGUCGCGUCCCAACAGGCAGCCUCCAGUAUACCUGCAUCGAAUAGCAACCCGUCCAUCUCGGCACCUACCCCGUCCCCAACGUCGAGCCCGGCCGGCGAGCAGGAUCAACCCGCUGGCGGUAGCAGUCGUUUAAACAACACAUCCGUGAUCGCUGGAAGCGUCGUCGGGGGGCUUGCGGUCAUCGCAUUCGCCGGUGUCGCCAUCUUAUACAUCCUCAAGCGCUCCAAGCGCCACUCCGCUGGUACUUCUGUCCCAUCGAGCGACGGUGAUUCUAUCAAUCCGUAUGGCACGCCGGAGAUGACCAGGAACGGAUAUCCUGAUGCGCAAGCGUAUACGCACACGGCGACAAAAUACGGACACACCAUAAAUGGAGGCGAACUUGAUGGGCAGCAUGGCACCGCCGAAUUGGGUGGCGUCUUGGUCCACGAAGUAGAGGGCCGUCGAUGA